AUGGAAGAUGAAUUGAAGCCAAAAAUAGGAAAGGAAUUUGGAAGCUGGGAAGAAGCAUGGACUUUUUGGCAAGAUUAUGGUAAAAGAAUUGGUUUUGGGCCUAGAAAAUAUAAUGGUACAAAAAGUAGAAAAGAUGGUUCACUUAUUACAUAUAGAUAUGUGUGUAGUAAAGAGGGUGUUCGAAAAGAAGGUAAACAAGAGACAUAUUCUUCCAAGUUUCGAGCUGAAACAAGGACUAAAUGUAAGGCAAAAAUGAUAGUAUCCAUUGUUGAUGGAAAGUACAAGGUUACUAAAUUUAAUGAAGAGCAUAAUCAUCCUCUUCACACACCUGAAACAAUACAUUUGCUAGCAUCUCAAAGAAAUUUAGCAGAAGUUGAUGCUUAUGGAAUUGACCUUGCGAGAAAGUCUGGACUUCAACAGAAGGCUACUUUUGAUUUAAUGAGUACAUAUGCUGGGGGUAAAGCAAAUCUUGGAUAUACACGAGUGGAUUUGCAAAACUAUUUGCAGUCUAAAAAGCAAAGAAGUAUGAAGUAUGGAGAGGUAAGGUGUCUAUUUGAAUAUUUUCAAAAGCAACUUGCGGCGAAUCCUGCAUUCUACCACAAAUAUCAAGUGGACACAGAAGAAGAAAUCACUAAUGUGUUUUGGGCGGAUGCUGGAAUGCUUAUAGACUAUGCACUUUUUGGUGAAGUAGUAUCUCUAGAUACGACAUAUUGUACAAAUCGUGAUCAUCGACCUCUUGCAAUCUUUUCUGGCUUUAAUCAUUAUAGAAGUACAGUCAUUUUUGGAGCAGCAUUAUUGUAUGAUGAGACCACAGUGUCUUUCAAGUGGUUAUUAGAAACUUUCUUAGAAGCCCACAUGCAAAAGAAGCCUAAAACUGUAUUUACAGAUCAAGAUCAAGCUAUGACAAGGGCACUAAGUGAAGUUCUUCCUCAUACAAAGCAUUGUUUAUGCACUUGGCAUUUAAAGCAAAAUGGCAUUAAACAUCUUGGAAAUUUAAUGAAAGAUGGGUCACAUUUUUUGUCCGACUUUUGUAAAUGCAUGAGUAAAAUUUCAGAGGAAGAAAAGUUUGAAGAAGCAUGGAGCCAAUUAAUCUCUUCUUAUGAUGUCAAAAACAAUCCAUGGCUUAUAUCCAUGUAUAAUAUUAAGGAGAAAUGGGCUUGGUGCUAUGUUAAGAAUGCUUGUACACUAGGCAUGAGAAGCACACAGCUUAGUGAAAGUGUGAAUGCUGAUGUGAAAAAAUGCACAACACCAAGUUUAUCCAUCAAUGAUUUCUUUACUACUUUUGACAAAGUUGUUUCAGAGAAGCGAGACAAGGAAUUGAAACUUGAGUUUGAUUCUCGGCAACAAAUUCCUAGGAUGGUCAAUCAAAGUGCACCUAUAUUGCGCCAACUUGUGCUGACUUAUACCCCCAGUGCCUUUCGUAUGUUCCAAGUACAAUGGGAUCUCCAAUUCUCUGUGAUGUUAACUCAUCGCGAUGAAAAGGAACCAUUAUAUAUAUACAUUGCCCACAUGAUUAAUGAAGAAGGGGAAUGGAGAGUUAAGUUUAAACCUGACACACAUGACAUUUUUUGCACCUGCGGAAUGUUUGAGACUACUGGAAUAUUAUGUUGUCAUAUAUUGAAAGUUUAUGAGUCAAAGGAUGUGAGGAUUAUGCCUGAGAAAUACAUUAUGAAGCGAUGGACAAGGAAAGCAAGGAGUGAUGUUGUAUAUGAUUUGAGAGGAAGUGAGAUACAGGUAGAUCCUAGACUUGAAAUUACACGAAGAUAUAGACAAUUAAUGCAUAAAAUGGCAAGAUUGGCAACAAAGGCAGCUUACACUCCUGAAAGUUUUGAAUGUGUUCAUAAAUGCAUCAUUGAGCUAGAUAACAAAAUUCCAAACAACAAUGAAAAUAUUGUUCCUGAAUCAAGUAAGGCCCCAGUGACAGAGUCUCAAAAUAUUCCUAAGGGAUUCAAAAAGAGAGAAGGGACAAAAAGAAAGCGACGUUGGAAACCUUGGGAGGAAAAAAAUUUAAUGAUAAGAAGGCGACUUAUAAGAGAACAAAAGGUAUGA